AUGUAUCCACUUCCUACACGAAAAGGGAGACAAUUCUUAUUAGCAAAAAUUCAACUGCGAAAUGAACGUUUUCUUGUAGGUACUGCUCAUUUAGAAUCCUUACGAAAUAGUCAAGAUUUGCGAUCACAGCAACUACAACUGUGUCAAUCUAUUUUCGAUAGACAUAUAGGGGAUUCUUUAAAUGUCACUGGUUUCUUCAUGGGAGACUUUAAUUUCGGUGCGCACUGGCGUGAAAAUACUAUACAAAUGAAUAUUCUUCAAGGUUGGACUGAUCUAUGGCCUGAACUAAAGGGUCCUGAUGAUCGUGGAAUAACACAUACCAAUGUUAGAUUUGAUCGAAUGAUGUUUCGAAGUUCACAUGUGAGACCAACCAAGAUUCGAAUUAUUGGCAAAAAACCUAUUGCAGAAGCUCCACCAUCUGGUAAUCAACUUGCAUCGGAGCGAGAUGUAUUCAUAUCUGAUCAUUUCGGUUUAAAAGCUAACUUUGAUCUCAGUUUUAUUUAA